AUGGAUUCGAGAGUGUACCAUCGCACGUCGUGCGCAGAAAGUAUGGAAGGAAGAAAAAAAAUGAUAAAGCCUCAAUUAUCAUUUUCUUUAGAAUCAAUUUUAAAAAAUCCGGAAGUAUUCAGUGUAUGUCGAUAUCGGAUUUAUCCGAGAACUCGUGUACCAAAGCAUAGUAUCGCGAAAACAAUGCACGGUUAUCGCGUCAAAUAUCGUUUUUGUAAAGCACAAUGUGAUGCUGCUAAACGAUGUAUAGCUGUACAAUACCGAGGUGUGGGAACCAAAUAUGGAACAUGUCAUUUAGUUAAAGACGUACCAAAAAAGAAAAAAGAAGGUCGUUUACCGCAUGUUCUCUCCAAGAAAGCUCAAACUUUACGAGGCAUUAAGGCUAAAUUGUACAAUAAACGUCGGCAUAAUGAGAAAAUUCAAAUGAAAAAAACAAUCAAAAGUCAUGAAGAAAAGGAAACAAAACAACGGCAAGAAGUGCCUGAAGGUGCAUUGCCUACUUAUUUACUCGAUCGUGAAACAGAAACACGUUCCAAAGUAUUAUCAAACUCAAUCAAACAAAAACGAAAAGAGAAAGCGGGUAAAUGGGAUGUUCCAAUACCAAAAGUGAAAGCCAUGAGUGAAGCUGAAGUAUUUCGUGUUGUACAAUCAGGAAAACGAAAAACGUGGAAAAGAUUAGUGACAAAACCUUGUUUUGUCGGUGAAGCAUUUACAAGAAAACCACCAAAAUAUGAGCGUUUUAUCCGACCGAUGGCAUUACGAUUUACAAAAGCUCAUGUUACACAUCCAGAAUUAAAAGCCACAUUUCAAUUGCCUAUUUUAGGCGUUAAAAAGAAUCCUAGUUCACCAUUAUAUACAUCACUGGGUGUAAUUACAAAAGGAACAGUAUUAGAGGUGAAUGUUAGUGAGUUAGGAUUGGUGACACAAGGAGGCAAAGUUGUAUGGGGGAAGUAUGCGCAAGUAACAAAUCAUCCAGAAAACGAUGGAUGUAUCAAUGCCGUUCUUCUUGUCUGA